AUGGAGAAGGCGAGGCGGCGGCACGUGCCGGCGUUCGGGGAGUGGAACUACUACUACUCCUCCUCGACGUCGUCCUCCCCAGACGCCGCCGGCGCCGCGGCAGCGGCCGAGUCCUGGUGGUACGCGCCGGAGCCCGAGGCCUGCAGCGACGUCUGGUUCAGGUACUCCCCGCCCCCGCGCCGUAGGCCGCCGGCGCCUAAUAAGAAGGCGCGGAGGCCGGAGACCGCGGGCGGCGGAGCCGUCGUCGUCGCUGUAGCCGCGGAGCACAAGAAGGCGGCGGCGGCGCUGGCAGGUGCGGCGUGCGCCCCGGCCAAGGGCGCUGGCCGCAGGGUGGUGGUGGUGAGGCCCGUCGACGAGGACCUGUACCGGGUGCCGCCGCCGGACGACGACCAUACCACUGUCUCCCACCUUCCAAGGCGGCGGAAGAGGGCGGCGAGGAGGAGCUUGUGGAUGGGUUGCUUGGGCCUCAACUGCGUCGCCUGA